AUGGCUGUAUUUGGUUAUGUUCAUUUGCAUGGCAGACAGUUUUUCUGUACAGAGACGAGGUGGAGGAUAUCAGUCUCGGCCAUUUCAUGCAAUGUUCAUUGUUUUAAGGGUGCCUCCUGGGGAACAAUGGAUUUUCCACUGAAGAUAUCGCUAUUGAUUCUGCUGUGGAUUGAGACUGUACUGGGAAUUCUUCUCAAUGCUUUCAUUGUGGCCAUGGCCGUCAUUCGGUGGCUUGAAUCUAACAAUCUACAAAUGAUUGACUUCAUGCUGGCCAAUGUGGGUAUGUCCAGAGUGGCUCUGCUGAUAUCAUGGGAGUUCAUCUACCCCUAUGUACCCACCAAUACAGCCCUGUUAGGGGUGACUGCAAUAUUUCUCAGUUUGUGGAGCCUCUGGAGUGCUACAAUUCUGUGCGUAUUCUAUUGUGUGAAGAUCUGUCAUUAUCAGCAUUGGUUCUUCAUGUAUCUCAAGCUGAAUAUGUGCAAGUUGGUUCAGGGCUUGUUCUUGGUGUCGGUUGCAAGUUCUUUGAUAUUCAGCCUAACCUUCAAAUGGCUUGUGUACACAAAUCUCAUCAGCAACUCUACCAACUCUACUGCGCAGGGAAGUAUCAUCGUCGAGGUCAAUAAUGCCAACCAGUUCUUGCUCAUCCUGACCGGAUUCUCUGUGCCGCUCUUCAUAUUCUGUGUGGCAGUUACUAUUCUGAUCAGAUCCCUGUGGACACACGCUAGGAAUAUGGCCGGUGCAGAUUUUAUCAACCCUCAGCUUCAGGCACAUUUGAGUGCAGUUAAAAACAUGAUUUCUUUCUUGUUUUUCUAUAUCGUUUUUUUUGGAGUGGUUGUUGUAGCGAGUAUACCCUCACUGGUGGAUGAUACUGUGUUGCAGCUGGUCUUUAACAUUCUUUGUUGUUCCUACCCACUGCUACACUCUCUCAUUUUGGUACUGAACCACAGAAGGCUCAGAGAAGCUCUUUAUUGGUGUUUCCAUUGUAAGUUUAAAACCCAUUCCACACAUAGAAAUGCAUCUUAG